AUGGCAUCCACAAUCUGGUCGCGUAUUUACAGCACAAAGCAAGAAUUCAACAAACGCCAGACAAUACCAGGAAGAUAUCUUACCACUCUCGAAGAGCGCUUAGCAAUUGUCUGUAAGCCACUAGAUCGUUUGCAGCGUGGCAAAGAGAGGCGAACAAUGCAGGAAUCUAGGUUCAUGUCCACCCUACGACGGGCUAAAAAGACAUAUGUCGACAUUCUGCAUGAAGAUCCUGACAUCUUCAUACCUUUCAUUCUCAAUGUUUCAGAGUAUGCCUGCAGAUCCUUCGAUGUAACGGAAUUUUGUCAACAACACAAGCGAGGGAGCCGUAUUAGCCUCAACAUGGACGCUAAAGAGAUUCUGGCAAGCAUAGCCACCAGAAAUAACAUUUCCAUGGAGCCAAACUACAGAAAACUGGAGAACUACCUGUUUCCGCAACCGAGACCUGUUACGCUAGCAGACAGCCAUGGCCAUUGGGGAUAUCUUGCGGCUAGCUGGGAAGCCACCUAUAAGCUUCUCGGCGACCAGAUAUGUCACGCCAUUGAGCUUUCUCCCGCGAGACUCAGCGAGCGGGUACCUUCAACCACAGACUGUGUGAGAAUGAGGUUUCCGCGGGAAAACUUCCAAGAUGUCUACCUGAUGUUGAAUGUUGGACUGCAUUACGACAUUAUCAAUACCUUGUUCCCACAUGCAGGACGAAAACUAGUUUCCAACCUCCAAGCAGACCCGCCCGUAAGUCAUGACUGGUCUAAUACGCAUGCCUCUACGCAGCCAGAAUGCUUCGACAAUGCACAUUUCACAAUCCUUGGAGCUUCUGUUACAGGUAUAUCCUUGAUUUUCUGCCCUGAAAUCUGCGCUGCCAUUGAAAAGAGCAAUCUACGAGCAUGGGAAAAGGAAAAUCUCCUCUCUGACACAACGGACUGCGUUACAAUGGAGGCAUAUCGUGGCAAGCCACACUACGGGAUAAUCUGUGGAAACGAUGGAUGUGUUGUGUAUUUGGUGGCCGAUGUGGCCAACUAUCUAAGAUAUCUAGCUUACUAA